AUGCCGAUGAAAGUUCGGCACGAAGUGCGGCCCAGCUACCACUGGCCGGAGAUCCAGCUCAAUGUCUGGCUUAUCGUCGUCCUCUCCGGUUCGGCAACAUGCCUCGGCAUUUUCUCCUGGUUUAUGAUUGUUCAGUCGCAGAUGGACCUGGGUGUACCAUGGCUUUUCCCAUACAUGGUUGUCACCAGCACACUCGGAGUCUUCUUCAUUUUCCUCGUUCUGGGCCUCAUCACUCGCCAUUUUCUACUUCCGGGGAUUCUCAUUCUAGGCAGCUUCAUCCUAUUCGUGCUAUGGUUGACUGGUCUCAUUGAAACCUCGCUGCAGCUGUACGGCGUGGCCGGCAGUGUGAACGACAACUGCCAAAACUACGUUGUGGAUAACGUCUCCAAGGGGAAUAACAUCAAUACCCUGGCAUGGCUGACGCAAAACACGAUCUGCAAUUGCUGGAAGACCGCCUUCGCGUUCGAGCUGGUCAACACCAUUUUCUAUCUCUGGAUGAUCAUUAUGUCGUGGCAGGUCCAUCGGGACUACUACCACUGA